AUGGCUGUAGGGAACAAUUCAGCAGUAUCUGAGUUCAUCCUCGCAGGGCUCACAGAUGAUCCAGAACUUCAAGUCAUCCUCUUUGGUGUAUUCCUAGCCAUCUACCUAACUACUGUCUUGGGUAAUCUUGGACUGAUCAUGUUAAUCCAUAUCAGUCCUCAGCUUCACACACCCAUGUACUUUUUCCUCAGUCAUCUGGCUUUUGUUGAUUUCUGUUAUACAUCCUCAGUCACCCCAAACACAAUCAUAAAUUUUCUGCGUGUCGUGAGAAGUAUAACUUUCUAUGGGUGUGCAACCCAGGUGUGCUGUUUCAUUACAUCUGUUGUGUGUGAAAUGUGCCUGUUGUCAGUCAUGGCAUAUGAUCGGUAUGUGGCAAUCUGGAACCCUCUGCUCUAUGCCACCCUCAUGCCUAGGAAGCUCUGUCUCCAGAUGAUCACCAGCACAUAUGUCUAUGGAUUCUUUGUGGGCAUUGCACAGACAGUGGAAACAUUUCAGUUGUCUUUCUGUGGCUCCAAUGUGGUCAACCACUUCUACUGUGAUGAUGUGCCCCUAGUGGCUCUGGCCUGUUCUGACACUCAUGUCAAAGAGCUGAUGGUGUUAGUCAUCGCUGGCUUCACCACCUUUUGCUCUCUGGUGAUCAUGGUCAUUUCCUAUGUCUUCAUCCUCUUUGCCAUCUUGAGGAUUAAUUCCGCUGAAGGAAGACGGAAAGCCUUUUCUACCUGUGCAUCUCACCUGACCUCCAUAACAAUAUUUUAUGGGACAAUCAUUUUUAUGUACCUGCAGCCCAAAUCUAGCCAUUCCCUGAACAAAGAUAAAAUUGUUUCUGUGUUUUAUGUGGUAGUGAUUCCCAUGUUAAACCCACUGAUCUAUAGCUUUAGAAAUCAGGAAGUAAAAAAUUCACUGAAGAGAAUUACUGAAAAGUUGUCUUUGGCCAUCAAAUGA